CGCUAUCGCUCAUUUUAUUUAUUUUUAUUUUUAUUAAAUUAUUUUAAUUUUUUAAAACAAGAAUUUAUUUAUUUUUUACUUCCACCCCUCAAAUUUUUAAUAAAUUACAUAUCCGUUAUGCACAUGAUUCCUAUAAAAUUUUAAUCAUAUUUAUUAAUUUUAAUAUCAACUUCAUUAAAAUGUUUUUAAAUAAUUCUUUGAAGUCUUUGAACCGUAUCGGUUAUAGAUUUAAUAAUUUGAAGAAUACAUCAAGCGUAUACACAAAUUUCCGUAGAUUAUCUUCAUCUUCCAAAACACAAAAUCAACAAGAUUUUUGUAGUCAACCAUUUGAAAGUAAAUUAUUCAAGGACUAUGCAGAAUUCUCAGUUAACUCUUAUAAAUCCAGCAAGGACUCAGUGGAUUCUGAAAUGACACAUCUCUUAGCCACCCAUAAACUUUUACUGUUCAUGGAAGGCUCUGUGGAUGCUCCAAAGUCUCUUUGCGCUGGCAAUAUUGUUAAGAUGUUCACUCUAUUACAAGUAUUGAACUUUCAUACUCUGGAUGUUCUAUCAAAUCCGCCGGUCUUUGGAUUUCUGUGCUCCAAAUUUGGUGAACCUGUGAGGAAUAUUUUGUUCAAGGAUGGAGUUCCAUUUGCUGGACAUGACGAGCUUUUGGAGCUUUUUAAGCGUGGUAAACUACUUCAAGCAUUGGAAGUUCCCAAAACUACAUAUAAAACAACCACCCCAAAGGAAUUUGCUAACCACUUGCCAAUCGCAAAUUAUUAAUUUAAAAUUAAUAUUUUACUAUUUUC